AUGGAUUGCGGGAAGCAGCGAGCCCCGGGGCUGGAGGCGCUGAGCGGCGCCACCACCGCCGCCGCCGCCGCCGUCGGCUCGGGUCCGCUCCUCGCCCUCGCCUCCCCCGGCGACCGAGCGAACGGGCCCCCGGCCAGGAAACCCCUGGACCAGUGGCGGGAGGAUCGGACCCGCAGCGCGGAGGACAACGACCUGAACUUACCGAGCCUGGAAACUGCCUACUCCGCCAUCCUCAAGGGGCUCGGAGAGAACCCCCAGCGACAGGGGCUCCUCAAAACCCCCUGGAGAGCGGCCACAGCCAUGCAGUUCUUCACCAAAGGAUAUCAAGAGACCAUCUCAGAUAUUUUGAAUGAUGCUAUAUUUGAUGAGGACCACGAUGAAAUGGUGAUAGUGAAGGACAUUGAUAUGUUUUCAAUGUGUGAACAUCAUCUUGUUCCGUUUAUUGGCAAGGUACAUAUAGGUUAUCUACCUGACAAGCGACUCCUUGGCCUCAGCAAGUUAGCCAGGAUUGUUGAAAUAUACAGUAGGAGACUCCAAGUACAAGAACGUCUCACCAAGCAGAUUGCUGUAGCCAUCACAGAAGCCUUGAAGCCUUCCGGUGUGGGAGUUGUGAUUGAAGCCACACAUAUGUGCAUGGUUAUGAGAGGAGUGCAGAAGAUGAACAGUAAAACAGUAACCAGCACCAUGUUGGGUGUAUUCCGUGAAGACCCAAAGACCCGCGAAGAGUUUCUGACUCUUAUUAGGAGCUGAAAGUAAAGUCCUAAGUUUAGGUGCAAUAUGUGUACAAGCUGCUAAUAGAUGUUCAGUAUGCGCUUUACCUCUCUGUUUUAGACCACUUGUGUAUGCAUAGGUGUUGGUGUGGAAUUCAUAUGAACAUGUGAAGAAAAUUUACAUUUCUGUACUUGAGGCUUUGCUAAUAUAUUUACUGUAAUUGGAUGCACUGAAUUGACACAAACAUGGUUGAACACUGUAGUUAAGAGUGGUUGAAAUGCUUUUUAGCAUUCAAUCCAAUCUAAAGCAAAUUAAUCAGGUCAAUUUUACAAUCAAGAAAGAAAAUUAAUAAAAAUACUUCAUUCCA